UUUCCCCCCUAAAUUACAGCGCUCUUCAUCCCACGUCGAAGGAUCUCAUCAGGUCGUAGGACACAUCUCUCUCCCUGCCCCGACCCCGUCCUCCCGCACGCAGAAUUAGAUCAGGGCGACCGGGCCAGGGAGGAUGGAGAACAGCAGCGGCCGGGAGGUGCUUCCGAACGGAGGAGGAGCCGGGGGGAUGGGCAACGGCGCGGCGAACGGGCGGGCGGUGCAGGCGCUGCAGCGGAGCUUCGCCGAGGUGCAGGUGAUCCUGGAGAAGAACCGGAUUCUGAUCCAGGAGAUCACCCAGAACCAGGAGUCGCUCGAGGCCGGCGGCCUCAGCCGCAACGUCGCCCUCAUCCGCGAGCUCAACAGCAACAUCGCCCGCGUCGUCGACCUCUACAACGCCCUCUCCUGCUCCUUCUCCAGCUCCCUCACCAACGGCUCCGCCCCCGCUGCCUCCGACGCCUCCAAGGGGGCCUACAAGAGGCCGCGCCCUGCCCAAUAGAAGAGACAGACCGUCGGCGCCCUCUUCUCCUCUGUUCAGAUUUAGAUUUCUGCUGUGGCCAUCCAUGGCCAGGGCUCAGCGGCAGGCAGAUUUGAGACUUCCUCUUUUUUUUCUUUUUCUUCUUCGUUUUCUUCUUUGUUUUAGCGUUGAGCUGAGAGAUAUGGACAUGGGCAGCUUGUUGUCAGAGAUGAAACAAAGAUGCAGGCAGCAGUGUGUGGCUGUAUCAGUAUGUAUCUGUGUUUGUGUUGUGUGUUGUUGUAUGGCCUACUGGCGCUGGUGUCUUUCUUUCAGGCCAGAUCGGAUGGAAUGAUUGCUUUGUCCUGUGAA